AUUCAUAUGGUGUCAACAUCACAGCCUCGAUAGACGUCAGAUAGGGUGCAAGCUGUGAGUGGGAAGCGUCAAGCCAUGAUACGGCGCGCGCGAGUGACGAGUACACGCGCCGCCGCUGCGCAAGUCACCUAAGCUAUCACCCACGCGCCGCCGGUGACGCUUCACCAUGCCAGCACCGAUCGCCAUAUAUUUCACUUCUGUUGCAUUGCUAUGGAUAUGUGUGAACGCGGAGGAGACCCAGGCAUCAGCCGGUCCGCGUCCCACAAAUGGCUCCGCCGACUCGCCCGACCCGCUUCCCUUAGGCCGCGUGCCACCAUAUCAACCUCCAGCUAUGGGCGUCGUCGGGCCGAUCCCAAUACAGACGCAAGGUUUCUGGCCUCACAGCAUCUAUACACGCGUAGAAAGCUGGCAUCAUCGGCCGGGAUUUCAAAAGAAUGCUGACGUAAUCCACCCCGGCCCUGAAGGCGGAGACAUGGACGAGGGCCACGACGACGGAGGCUGCCUUCAACCAUGUCUCAAAUUACAUUUUUCUUGUCAGAUAUCUUGCACAUGUAUACCGAUGGAAAAGCGUUGUGACGGGAUAGCCGACUGCGCAGAGGCUGAAGACGAAGCCGGCUGCGCCAGGUCCUGCGAUGAACAUGAGAAUCGCACCAUAUGUCACAGUACCAACGUGUGUAUAGCUUUGGACUGGCUCUGUGAUGGUGAUAAUGAUUGUGGAGACUUUUCUGAUGAAACUCAUUGCGGAGGAACAGCGAAUUGCACAGCCGAUCAGUUUCAAUGCGGCAACGGGCUGUGUAUCCACAACGGCUGGGUGUGCGACAACGAGAACGACUGCCGCGACAACUCCGACGAGACCAACUGCACCAAGGGCAAAUGCCGCGAGAACCAGUUCAUGUGCGCGACCGGCGAGUGCAUCUCCCAGCAUUGGCGUUGUGACAAAGACCCUGACUGCACGGACAGCUCGGACGAAGCCGAUUGUCCUGCCGACCUACUGCGCUGCGGGGAAAAUGAAAUUCAAUGCGAAAACAAGAAAUGCGUACGCAAAGAAUUUCAAUGUGACGGCGACAACGAUUGCGGCGACUGGACUGAUGAAGAUUCAUGCCCUAUGAUCCCUGGCAGCUGCAACGCUGGGGAAUUCAAAUGUAGCGACGGUAAAUGUAUUCCGGAACGCUGGCGAUGCGACACUGAAAGAGAUUGCUCCGACGGUGGCGACGAAUUGAACUGCGAACCCAACAACAUGCGCAACUGUAGCGCGGACGAAUUUACAUGUGCUGACCGACGCUGUGUUUUGAAAACCUGGCUUUGCGAUGGAGUUCGGGAUUGCAGCAACGGUGAAGAUGAAUUGAAUUGCGAAAUAAAUUGCGAAGAAGAUCAAUAUACGUGCAAAACACAGGAUCAUCUUAUCAGCAAUGCUUUCAGAAACUGUGUUAACAGGAAACAUGUUUGUGACGGUAUGAAGGAUUGUCCUAGAGGCGACGAUGAAGAAAACUGCCCUACAAAACGUAAAUGUACCUCGCAAGAUAAAUGUGAAAAACUUUGUAUUACUGAAUACGAUGGACGUCCUGCUUGCGCCUGUCCUGUUGGGUUUCUGCUAGCUGAUGAUAAGUUUAGUUGCCGUGACAUCGACGAGUGCAUGUACGAACAGGACCCAGUUUGUUCUCAAACAUGCUCGAACACUGUCGGAAGUUUCUAUUGUGGAUGUAUGACCGGCUAUGUCUUGAGACCUGACGGAAGAUCUUGCAAACAUACCGGGGAGUCGCCAACAUUACUAUUCUCCAAUAGAAUUGGGAUACGUCAGGUGUGGCUCACUGGCGAUAACUACGUGUCAGUGGUGAAGGGGCUUCACAAUGCAGUGGCUUUGGACUAUCAUUAUGAAAAGAAGCUUGUUUUCUGGUCUGAAAACAAUUUAAGAGUUAUUCGUGUGGCACAAAUCAAUACAAACAACAUGACAGAUGUUAUAAGAUGGGGACUAGAAACUCCAGCUGGUGUAGCCGUGGACUGGAUACACAAUCUCCUAUUCUGGACUGAUUCUGGGACUCGACGAGUGGAAGUGGCAACACUUGAUGGUUCUCAAAGAGCGGUGCUCAUUGCCAACGAUUUGGAUAAACCAAGGGCUGUUGCUGUACAUCCUGGCGAUGCUUUGGUGUUUUGGACAGAUUGGGGUCCCAAUCCUAAGAUCGAACGAGCUGACAUGGAUGGCAGUAGACGUCGCACCGUUAUAUACGAUCAAAUAUUCUGGCCUAACGGUUUAACAAUCGAUUACACUGAUUCCAAAAUAUAUUGGGCGGAUGCUAAACACCACGUGAUCGAGAGAGCAAUGUUUGAUGGUCGAGACCGGCACAGGAUUACUACGAAAGGAUUGCCGCAUCCAUUUGCGUUGACGUUGUUUGAGGAUGCCAUAUAUUGGACAGAUUGGCAUACGAAAAGCAUAUCGACUGUGAACAAGAAUACCGGAAUGGGAAUACAAACAGUGCACGCUGGAAUCAAUGUUCCUAUGGAUAUACACAGUUAUCAUCCCCUGAGGCAACUGAGGACGUACAGGAAUCGUUGUGGCAUUAAUAACGGAGGAUGCUCCCAUCUUUGUCUACCAAACAGCAAUGAUCAUUCAUGUCGGUGCCCAGUUGGUUUCAAUAUAAAUUCUGAUGGUGUAACAUGUGAAGAAAAACGAAAAUUGUUACUUUACGCUCGCCGUAAAGAUAUUAGAGUAAAACAGCUGAAUCCAAAGAAACCUAUCGAUUCGUUGGAUAUGGUCAUCCCAGUUGAGAGUAUAAAGUCAGCCGUAGCUUUAGAUUGGGAUAUGAAUAGUAAUUCAAUAUUUUGGACUGACGUAGAAAAGGACACAAUCAAUCGCGCAUACCUCAACGGAUCUAAUCAAAAUACAAUUGUGAAUUCAAAUCUAAUUUGGCCAGCCGGAUUGGCAUACGACUGGAUUACCGACAAAUUGUAUUGGACGGACGCCGGAACUAAUAAAAUUGAAGUUGCAAAAGCAGAUGGAAGCAUGAGGACUUUGUUAGCGUGGGAUAACAUUGAUAAACCGAGAGACAUUGUCGUAGAUCCUAAAGGUGGAGUUAUGUACUGGUCGGAUUGGGGUACUUCCCCGUGCAUCGAGCGAGCUGAUAUGGAUGGUGGAAAUCGUAAAAGAUUGAUAUUCGGCGAUAUGACCUGGCCUAAUGGUUUAGCUUUAGAUCUUGGCAAUAAUCGCAUUUACUGGACUGAUGGCGGUAAUCGAACAAUCGAGUAUGCAAACCUAGAUGGCACCGGACGAAGAAUAUUGAUCGGUCAACACCUUCCACAUCCUUUUGGCUUAGAUCUGUACGGAGAUGAAGUCUUUUGGACCGAUUGGGACACGCAAUCUAUUCAAGCGGCUAAUAAAUUCACCGGUGAAAAUCGACGCACCUUAGGUGCUGGCGUAGCAGGUCUCAUGGACGUCCGAGUGUUCCACAAGGAGCGUGUAGGUGGUGUUAAUAGAUGCGGAAAGAAUAACGGCGGUUGCUCCCAUCUUUGCCUAUUGAAACCUGGAGGUCGAUCAUGCGCGUGCCCAAUUGGAAUCAAACUGAAUAAGGAUGGUAAAACCUGCGCUGAUGGACCGGUCAACUAUCUGAUAUUUGCUCAUCGCGUAGACAUCCGAGUAAUAUCUUUGGACGUGCCGUAUCUAAUUGAUGUGGUUUUGCCUCUUCCUCCAUUGAAAAAUGCAUUAGGAGUUGAUGUUGAUCACAGAACAGGUCUUAUUUAUUGGACCGAUACCGGGGAAAGAAAGAUACAACGCGCAACUAGAGAUGGAACCCGUAUUGAGACAGUGAUCGGAUCUGGACUACACACUGUUGACGGUAUUGCUAUUGAUUCCACCGGUCGCAAGAUUUAUUGGACUGAUGGAGGGCAUAACAGUAUUGAAGUCGCUGAACUUGAUGGCACCAAUAGGAAAGUUUUGAUAUGGACCAACCUAGAUUCUCCAAGGGCUAUAGUAUUGCAUUACGAGCUAGGGUACAUGUUUUGGUCAGACUGGGGAACGUCCGCUAAAAUAGAAAGAGCAGAUAUGGACGGCAAUAACAGACAAGUCAUCGUUGACAGUAACAUUAAAUGGCCCAACGGACUCACCAUUGAUAGAAUAGAGGGACGUCUUUAUUGGAACGAUGCGAAAAUUUUGACAAUCGAAAGCUCCAACUUCAAUGGCGGCAAUAGAACCACUGUACUUAGUAGCGUCUCGUACCCUUACGGCAUUGUCAUCGUCGGCCAACAUAUUUAUUGGACAGACUGGAAGACUAAAGCGCUUCAUAGAGCUGACAAGUCUACACGCAAUGAACCGAUCACGAUCAGAAGAAAUUUAGAAGGUCUUAUGGAUAUUAGAGCUAUUCAGACUGAACGAGUUUUGGAAGAUGCUUGUGGAACUAACAAUGGUGGAUGUUCACAUCUUUGUCUUCGUUCUCCUCAUGGCUAUUCAUGCGCUUGCCCUACCGGAAUAUUGUUUGUGAAUAAUACAGAACACCAUCCUAAGAUCUGCCAUAAGCAUCCUCAGGAAUUUCUGGUUUUCGCUGCUCGAGGAAGUCUGUCAUACAUAUCUUUCGACACACCAGAACAAUGGGACGUUAAUCUUCCAGUAAAAGAAGUCAACAACUCUAUUGCCGUCGAUUUUCAUUGGGAACAAAAGUUGAUAUUUUACACUGAUCUCGACUACGACGUAAUAAGAUCUGUAAAUAUGACAACGAUGAACGAAACCAAAAUAGUAAUAAAGGGUAAAUUGGACCAGCCCAAUGGUUUAGCUGUGGACUGGAUAGCAAACAACCUUUAUUGGACU